GUGGCGCCAGAGCGCAAGAAACGAGGAAAUGGGUAAAAACCAACAGAACUCAUCGGGUAAUCUGCCCGGAGAAUCGCUUUAUGGCUUCAGCCGUCUCCACAUUCCGUUAGGUGAUGUGUGGAUCUUUUCAGCGGGUGGCAGGACUUGCCACCUGUCAGGAAUGGUAAACAGGCUUCGCUGAAGACCGCGUUGACCCUUUCUUCCUUUGCACAGGGAAACGUUCGCAGCUUUUGUUCAUGUGCAUCUGUGUUCGUGAAAGAAAUACGGACAACUUUAACUGACAUCGGCGCAAGAGAAAGUGAGCCACACGCAUAAGUGGCAAGAUUAUAAGCGGAGCGUCUGCACCCGGAACCCUCCGACCCCCUUCGCUUUUUUUGAAGAUUAGUGGGUUGACCACGUCUGAAGGACACUAACAACCGGAUUAGGUAUUGUGCAGUGUAACCUACUUCUCACCACUCCUGCAUCUUGUCCUCUGAAAAUUUGCGCAAUGACCUUUGGUGCACUUGGAAUACAGCGGCUGCGCCCGUGAGGUGGGCAAGCAAUAAGGCUUGACGGAAGAUGCGACGGGGGUGGUGGCUCGUCAGAUGGCUGGGGACAGGAAUGGCAAUCCUCUCUUUGCUAACCCACAGCUGGGGCCAGAACACAGAAGACUGGCACUAUGAGGAGUGUAAGCUGUCCCGGCCUGGUCCCCCUGCAACCAUAGUCACUGUUGACGAGGAGAGCCCAAAUGGUACAGUUUUGGUGGAAAACAUGCAGAUAAAUGGCCGUGCCCAAGACCCAGGCAGAACCAUCUCACUGACGUUGUUGGAUAAUUUUGACUACUGGGUGAUAUUGGAACCAGCACGGCAGAGACUCUACCUCAACAGCACUGGGCGUUUUCUGGACAGAGAUCCCCCCAACUCCAUCAGUACCAUCGUGGUUCAGGUGCAGUGCACAAAUCAGCUGGUUGGUACUAUCAUCUUGCAUGAGGUACGGAUUGUUGUGAGGGACAGGAAUGACAACGCCCCUCGCUUUCAGCAGCCACGCUACUAUGUCGCAGUAAACGAGCUCACACCACCUGGAACAACAAUUUUCACUGGCUUCUCGGGAAAUAAUGGUGCUACAGACAUUGAUGAUGGACCUAAUGGACAUAUAGAAUACAGCAUCAUUUACAACCCCGGAGACCCGGCAUCUAACAGAACAGUAGCAGUCAGCAACAGCCUUUCAGGAAACAUUAUUUUGGCAGAGAGACUAAACUACGAGGACAGAACACGGUACCUGGUUUUGGUCCAAGCCAAUGACCGCGCUCCAUUCCCCCCUAACCGACUAACAGCUACCGCAACUUUGACUGUGGAUGUCGAGGAUGGAGACGACCUGGGUCCCAUGUUCCUGCCUUGUGUUUUAGUGAACAACACUCGUGACUGCAACCCCCUCACCUACCAUGCUGCUAUCCCUGAAUUCACUGAACCGAGCAAACUGAACCCACUGAAUGUUACCCCUCCGAUCCGUGCUGUGGACAUGGACAGAAAUAUACAGCCCCCAAGUGCCAGACCAAACAUUCUCUACUACAUCCUAGUUGGUGAACCAAACACAUAUGCAGCAUAUUUCUCUUUGAACAAAACCACUGCAGAAAUGCGCGUCCUGCAGCCAAUCAGCCGGGACUUGUAUCAAAAGUUCACAUUAGUCAUCAAGGCUGAACAGGAUAAUGGUCAUCCCCUCCCAGCAUAUGCUAAAGUCAUCGUUGAAAUCUUGGAUCAGAACAACCAGGCACCGUAUUUCCAGUUUGCUACCUAUCAGGGCUAUGUGAGUGAGUCCUCCCCAGUUGGUACGACUAUCUCAGCCAGUGCCAACCUUACCGCCCCCCUGGGAAUCGUCGCUUUGGAUAAUGACAUUGAGGAGACAAAAGACCCCAUGGUGACGAUUACCCUGGAUGACUACACCAUGAUCUUCAGCCUGACCCCAACUGGGAUAAUCCGCUACCUGAGGCUCCUCAAACCUGUGGACCGGGAGACGCAGAUGGUCUAUACUUUCACGAUGGUGGCGUCAGAUGGCGUCCAGCAGAGCAGGCCAGUAACUGUCAACAUCCUGGUCAUUGAUGCCAAUGACAAUACCCCCACAUUUGGAGAGGUCUCCUACAGUGUUGAAGUCUUCACCAACAUGCAGCCGGGGGAGACGGUGCUACAGCUGACAGCAUCGGAUGCAGAUGAAGGGCUGAAUGGUUUGGUGACCUAUGAGAUACUGGCUGGCGCCCAAGGAGAUUUCAUCAUCAGUAAUCGCACUGGACGUAUCACCGUGGCACCUGGUGUCACUUUAACUGUCGGGCGAUCUUACACACUCACUGUCAGGGCCUCAGACAAUGCACCAGAGACCCAGAGAAGGAGCUCCAUCACAACAGUCAACAUCGAGGUUUUGCCACCCAACAAUCAGAGUCCACCACGCUUUCCUCUCCUGACAUACAGCCUAGAAGUCAGUGAAGCUAUGAGGAUAGGAGCUAUUCUGCUCAAUCUGCAGGCCAUAGACAGAGAGAACGAUCCGAUCAGGUAUCGCAUUUUGAGCGGGGAUUCCCAGAAGGUCUUUAACCUCACUGAAACGAUUGGCCUUCUACUUCUGGACAAGCCUCUGGACAGAGAGACAACUGACCAGUACCGUCUGAUUGUCACAGCCUCAGAUGGUCACCCUGGAGGGACAACCACAACUACUGUGAACAUAGUUGUUACUGAUGUCAAUGAUAAUGACCCGAAGUUUGACCUCACCAUACCUUCAAAUUUUUCUGUGCGAGAAGAAGAGGCCAACUUGUUUGUAGGACGAGUAAGGGCUACUGAUCCAGAUGCAGGCGCUAAUGGCCAGGUGCGCUACCGGAUCGUGAAUCAUCCCGACUUGUUUACAAUAAGCGCUAAUGGAAGCAUCUACACACGAGUGCCACUUGAUCGGGAGUCAAGAAGUCAGUAUGACUUGGUGGUUGAAGCCUCGGAUGGGGCAGUAGACCCGCGACGGACCUCUUUCACUGUCUCAGUCCAGGUCACGGAUAUCGAUGACAACAGCCCGGUGUUCUCCCAGCAGACUUAUGUGGUGAAUGUGCCUGAGAACAGCCCUGUGGGAACUGUAGUCCUGCAGCUAAGUGCGGUAGACUUAGAUCUCUUCUCCAAUGUCACUUAUCGGAUCAAGACUGAAUCAGCCAGGCAGCUGUUUUCCCUGAACCCUGUAACAGGGGUGUUAGCUGUACUGCAGACCCUGGACUUCGAGUCCCUGGCAGCUAUGAACAUGGGGGCUUCUUACACAUUCCAGGUAGAAGCUGUAAACCAAGGAGGGGUCAUGCCUCCUGGGCAAGCUACUGUCACAGUCCACAUCACGGACAUGAAUGAUUUCUCCCCCAUUUUUAAGCAAGACCUGUAUAAAGGCAUGGUGGCACCCAAUGCAGAGAAAGGAACAGUCAUUACCACAGUUUAUGCUGAGGACCAAGACCCACCAGGUACUCCGGCCAGUUUGGUUCGCUACAGAGUGGAUCUGAACAGAUCGCCAUACAGUGGGAGUAUUUUUGAUGUGGAAGCAGAAACGGGGAGAAUUAUCACUAAGGUCAACCUCAAUGAAGAGCCCAGUGUCACCUUUAACCUCUUUGUGAUAGCCUAUGACAAUGGGGAGCCAGUGAAAUCUAACAGCACUUUGGUGGAGAUCACAGUCCUUCAGCCUUCUCGCAUCCCAAUCUUCACCCAGGAAGAGUACACGUUCCCUCCAGUUAGUGAGCUGGCUCCUAUUGGCACUUCAGUAGGGAUUAUUCUUGCUGCUGCUAUCAAUCAAACCAUCUUCUACUCCAUUGUUGCAGGAAACGAACGAGGUCAUUUUCAGGUGAACAACAGGACAGGCGUCAUCUCCACGGCAAAACCACUGGAUUAUGAAAACGUGACCAGCUAUGUCCUCAGGGUCCAGGCCGACUCAAUGGUGGUUGUCAUGUCCAACCUCCGUGUGCCUUCUAAAACUAACACAGCCAAGGUGUUCAUUGAGGUUCUGGAUGAGAACGACCACCCUCCUGUCUUCUCCAGGAAGCUCUACAUAGGCGGUGUGGCAGAAGACACUAAGAUCUUCAGCUCAGUGCUCAAGAUAGUGGCCACCGAUAAGGACACUGGGAAUUACAGUGCCAUGGCAUACCGCCUCAUCAUCCCACCCACCCCAGAGGGUCAGGACAGUUUUGUCAUUGAGACCUACACUGGUAUCGUCAAGUCGGCCAUCAUGUUUCGGAACAUGCGCAGAUCCUACUUCAAGUUCGAGGUUAUUGCUACUGAUGACUAUGGAAAAGGUCUUAGCAACAGCGCUGAAGUGGUGGUUUCUGUGGUCAACGCAUUGGACAUGCAGGUUGUUGUGUCCACUGUCCCACCCACUUUAGUGGAAGAGAAGAGGGAAGAGCUCAUUAGUAUUCUGGAGCGCCACGUCCAGGACCAGAUUCCAGGUGCCAAGGUGAUUGUAGAGGCUAUCGGGCCACGUCGCCAUGGUGAUGGCUUUGAGUUAGAAGACUACUCUAAGUCGGACCUGAUGGUAUACGCCAUUGACCCACUCACGAACAGGGCCAUUUCACGUCAGGAGCUUUUCAAAUUUCUUGAUGGGAACGUGCUGGAAAUCAAUAAGGAGUUUCAGCCAUACCUGGGUGAAGGUGGCCGCAUUCUUGAGAUUCGCUCCCCAGAUAUUGUAGCCAGUGUGAAAAAGGCUGCCCAGGCUGUCGGCUACACAGAGGGUGCCCUCCUGGCCCUGGCGAUCAUCAUUAUCCUUUGCUGCAUCCCUGCCAUUCUCAUCGUCAUGGUCACCUACAAACAGUUCAAAGAGCGACAAGCAGAGUGUGCCAAAACUGCCAGGAUUCAGAUGGCUUUACCUCCGGGAGGGAAAGCAGCUCCGGCAGCUGCUCCCACUGCUAACCUCUAUGAAGAGUUGGGCGACAGCAGCAUGAGGCGAGGGUACGGCCGACAGCAACAGCAACUGCUGAGGCCAUCUCUUCUGAGACCUGAGGAACUCUCCAUGGAGUCAGGUAUCGACCCAGGCCAGGACUACUACACACAGGACUACUAUAAUUAUGACCAGGGGUACGACUUUCCUCAGUACGGCAGUCGGCGGAGGCUGAUAUCACCCAUGUAUGAUGAAUAUGGAGAGGUUAUUGUGGAGGAUGAUGGGUAUUACUACAGUCCACAUGGCCCUGAGCCUGGGAGAAAGAAGCGGAUUAAGUUGAUUGUAGAUCGGGAAAACGAGACCAGCUCCACUGCAGAGGACAGCAGCACAGAGACACAACGGAACAGACUCCCAAACAGCCACAGCAACAUAAACGGGAAUAUCUACCUCGCACAGAAUGGCACUAUUGUGCGAACUAGGCGACCGCCUCAUCUAAACAACCUAAAGAUGGGUUCUCCAUGUCGGCUGGGUAAGCAUUUUAAAAAACUAGAAAAGCUGGGCGUAACACAUGAAGAACCGCCUCCGGUUAUUAGUGUUGAGGACAUGGGAAACGAAGCAGAAAAUGAAAGAGGUACGAGUGUUCCCUCCAACAUGGACAUCAACCUCAACACUCGGUCCUCUUCUAGUUCCCUGGGUUCCACCAUUAAAGAGCUUAAAAGUUUUGGGUCCAAAACCAAUAUUGCUAAGGCCACAAUUGACAGAAACAGCAGUGGCCCGUGUGUCACUGAGCAGCAAGAGACUUCAGUUGACAACCACAAGAACAGUAGGGAGACACUGGAGUCCCACAGUGACCACACAUUAUCAGAUGAGGAGGAAUUGUGGAUGGGACCUUGGAACAACCUGCACAUACCAAUGACAAAACUCUGACUGGCCAUGCUGAAAAAUUGAUCCCCCUUUUUUGGUUGUUUUCCAUUCUCUAUCAAGUGUUUUUUUUCUUGGUCAUAAAAAUGUGUGCCUAAGCUGGAUAAGCUCCAAUCACAGAUGGGUGAUUGCCCUUAUAGUCACAUUUUAUUUAGUCCUAAUAUGUUAAAGCUUAUUGUAACAAGCUUUUAUCACCAACAGGGCCGUUACAGGUGGGAACAUUGAGCUGAAAGGCAAUGAGUGCCUCAAAGAAAUAUGAAAUUAUAUGUGAUUGAGUGCUUGAGUGUACUUUUAAUUUUAUUCAGCACAGAAGAUGGACUUAUUUUAUGGAGUGAAUCCUUUUUUUGCAUCCGUUUAUCUUUUUUUUUUUUAAACAAAUUGUCCAUUACACUAUGCUGUUAAAAAGGUACUUUAAAGAAAUAUGAAGAAAUGGUUGUAAUGUAGUUUGUGAUGUGGGAAAAGAAAGUUAUUUUGCUAAUGGGGUUGUACUUGCGAAUAAUUCAAAUUGUUACUGAUUAUUUUAUGUUGUGAUCACUUGGUGAUGUUUUUGAGAAUUUAUGAAAAAUAUAUGAAAUUAUUUUUGUCUAUUUUCUAUCUAACAGAUAUGAAGAGUCUAACAUAUGACAUUAAAGACAUAAUAGCCACAUGACUGUCAUUGCUGUAUUUCAACAGUGGAAUAUGACGGUGUGAUCAUAGUGUUUUUAUAUGGACAUUUGUACCUACAGAAUGUGAUAUUUUCAGUCCCUUUACAUGAUGCAGGUUCAGUCUGAUCAUGUCAUGACAGUGGAAGGAAAACCAAAAACAUGUAUCACAUUCAACAAUAAAGC